GUGUUUCUGCUGCUAGACACAGUGCCCACUUUCUUGGUUUACUGAGGUCAUCCACCGCAUAUCCCUCCCGAAGACGAUGGCCUACUGUAACCGCUGCGACCGGUAUUUUAGCAGUGACGACGCCCUCUGGCAGCACGAGCGUAUGUCCAGCAGACACUGGAUUUGUCACGAUUGCGGCAAGGACUUCCCGUCCGAGCGGGGUCUCACGCAGCACUAUGUGCAAAGCCCCAGGCACCACUACUGCCAACGCUGCGACAGCCAUUUUGACACUCCGUAUGAUUUGCAGGAUCACUAUGUGAGUGACCACUGGUACUGCUCGCUGUGCAACAAGAUCUUCGACUCGAAGCUCGGUCUCCAAGAGCACAACAGGCAGAGCCACUGGUACUGCGCGACGUGCGGACGCAGCUUUGCGAGCGAAAACAACCUCAUGCAGCACAAGCGCACACACCUGCCCAAGACUGUUCAAUGCCCAGGCAGGAACUGCACCCGCGCCUUCGCCUCGCACGCCGAUCUCGUCCUACACUGGGAGAGUGGGACAUGCCCCUCAGGUGUCACCCGCCAGCUCGUCAAUGACACGGCGGCCAAGAAUGACCGCUACCGCCUCAUCACCGACGCCCGCCGGCUCAUCCAGGGCCCCGACGGCGGGUACACGCCGCGCGGCUCUGUCACGACAUGGGCAACGCAGGCUUCGUGGAACGGGAGCGCAUACGAAUGCGUUUUGUGUCACUGCACGUAUCCCAAGUUGGCGCGCCUCAACGAGCACCUGCAGAGUCCCGUGCAUGACGAGCGCAUGUACAAGUGUCCGACGGCCCUCGAGGGCUGCGCUGCGCAGUUCCGAACGCUCAGCGCCGUCGUACAGCACAUCGAGAGCGGCAAAUGCGGCGUUCGCAAGUUCCAGAGGCAGAUCCAGGGUGUUAUGGACGACCUAACGAGUAGCAUGCACAGGCUGACGUGCUGACGUUGAUCAGCCCCCUCAUUUGUACAGAUAGACCGUAAACUUGUAGCAUUAGAAUACACAUUCCGUGGCUAUAUCCUGUUUUU